AUGACAGAAGAAUUUGAUAAGAAGUGGAAGGAAGUUGUUGAGAAGAGUGGUUUAAGUGACAAUGGAUGGCUUCAAUCAAUUUAUGACAUUCGAGCAUCAUGGGUGCCUGCAUACUGUAAUCACAUUUUCUCGACUGGAAUGUCAAGUAGCCAACGUGCUGAAAGUUGUCAUUCAUUUUUCAAGAAGUGUGUUGACCACAAAAAUUUAUUACUAGACUUUGUGAUUCGCUUUAAUAGAGGACUUGUACAUCAACGUCAUCAAGAGUUUCAACUUAUGAGAGAAGAUGACAAUCAAAGAUUGUAUUUGGUCAAGAAAAGAAGGGAUCAUAUUCAAAAGGAUUGGGAAAUUGUUUAUGACAAGCAUACAGACCUUGCUUCAUGUACUUGCAAAAAAUUUCAAAGUGAAGGAAUCCCCUGUAGGCACAUCUUGGGAUGUUUGCUGAAAGUUCAGGAAGUAGAUUACUUGCCUGACCAAUAUAUUUUGAACAGAUGGACUAAAGCUGCAAAUGCUACUGUAGUUAAAGACCUAGAUGGGUUGGAGAUAACAGAUACAAAUGCAUUGGUGGUGAAGCGUAGUAAAUUAUUUCAUCAUGCUUCACUUGUUAUUGAUAAAGUCCUUACAAGUCCUCAUGAAGCUCAGACCAUGUUUAUCGAGGCUCUUGACAAUGUUCUUGAUAAGCUCAAACAAAUGCAAGUCAAUAGUAGUGAAAGUGCAAGUAUCGGUAAGAAGUUGCCAAGUGAUGUUCAACAUAGGUAUAAUGAGCCAAAGAUUAUCAAAGCAAAGGGUUCUGGAAAAAGGCUUAAGAAGUCAAAGGAGAAGACAGAGAGAAAGAGAAGCAGUACAAGGAAAUGUCAUGGAUGUGGUUUGUAUGGGCAAUUACAUGAUAAACGGAACUGUCCGGCUCUUAAUAUGCCUAACGAUAGUUCUGUUCUUGAAAAUUAUGCGGACAAGGAUGAAGAUGAUCACGAGCCAAUAUCAACUAAUGAAGAUGAGGACCCCAGUUCCUUCGAUGAAGAUGAUGACAAUUAA